CUUUAGGGCUUGGUUUUAUGAGUUCUCGUUGCUGUUCGCUUCUUUCCGCCGUUGGGACCAGCGGCACAGGUUUCCUUUCGAUUGCAGAAUUGUUGUCGAGAUCUUUGAUUGGCGGAUUCCAUUUGCUGGGUUCGGCUGGGUGGCACACCGGACUCACCUUGUACAGGCAUUGAGACGGGAAGAAAUAAAGCAAAGAAAAGGACGAGAUUCCACGUGUGAAAACGUGUUCGGUCAAACGGCACAAAGACCUAGGUACCUCUUGUUCAUCCAGACACGUAAACACCGGAGUGCAAUUGGAAGGAUGGCACCGCCGAACUCAGCGCCCUCAGACCUCGACGUCGAUGUUCUUAUCGUCGGGGCUGGGCCUGUUGGGCUCAACCUUGCGUAUCAGCUUCGGCGAUUCUCAUCACCGCCUGUAGCAUCUGGGGCGAAACCGAUUUCCGUCCACAUCAUCGAGAAACAUCCGAAACCGAUGCAGGAGGCAUUUGGGCGGGCCGUCACUUUCUGGCCUCGCUCGAUGGAGAUUUUGUCGCAAAUGGGCCUCGGUGAUCAGAUCACUCAGCAGUGUGUCGCGGUACGAACGUCGGCAGCAUACGACACGACUGGAACCGAGGUGUUUGGGCGGGGAUGGAGUUUCUUGGAAGGCAUUGAGGAUACGAGAUUCACGUUCGCCAGCGUAUUGCGGCAGAAGUUUGUCGAAGAUAUUUUCCGCGCCGAGUUGAAGAAGCUUGGCGUCGAGGUCAGCGAGAUGAAGAGCUUCGCCAGCCUCGAGGUCGAUGAGUCUGUGGCUCCGGGCGAGAAAGGUAGGGUCAAGGCCACCGUUGUCGACACGAGUGGUGGAGAGGGUAAUGAGAAAGAAUAUACAGUCAGAUGUCGCUAUGUGAUCGGUUGUGAUGGCUCCAGAACUGUGGUGCGAGGAGCCGCGGGUAUCGAGUCGGAUGGUGAUCGGACAGAGGACAAAUGGGUGAGGAUCGAUGGUGUGUUGAAGAGCACGACGAUGCCGAAGCCGAGGUCCUAUGGGGCCAUUGAAAGCCCGAUAUAUGGAAACGUGCUUUGGAUCCCGCUGGAUCAUGGAGCGACCAGAAUUGGCUUCGCACUGAACGAGGACAGGAGAAAAAUGUACAAAGAGCUGACCCAGGAAGUGUACAUUCAAGAGGCCAAACUUUCAGUCAAACCGUUCGACAUAGAGUACGAGAGGGUCGACUGGGCCAGUGUGUACAGUGUCGGACAGCGUGUUGCACGCACAUUCUGGGCGAAGGGAGCCGUCUUUGUCGCAGGAGAUGCAGCACACAGUCAUAGCUCUGGAGCGGGACAGGGCAUGAACGCCGGCAUGCAUGAUGCAGUCAACCUCGGCUGGAAGCUUGCACUGGUCCUGACCGGCGUACUAAAGCGUGACGUGUUGGAGACAUACUCUCUGGAAAGACAGCCGAACUCGAAGAAACUGAUCAAGUACGAUGAGGAUAUCAGCGUUCUGGUGUCUGGAAGAUUGCCCAAGGACUACUCAGGAGACCGGAGCGAAGAUCCAAAUGUCGUUCUGGGGAAGAUUUUGCAGCAGGCGAAGGGAUUCAAUACUGGACUCACCAUUGGGUUCGAGCCAAAUGUUGCGGUAAUGCGAGACGACAGCGCGGUGGACGAUCUAUCGAAUCUGGUAGCAAAGCGAUCCAUCAUUCCAGCUCCAGCCAUUCCAGGCUACCGGGCACCAGAUGUUCAAGUCUUGACACCAGCACUGUGGGAGCCUGUGUGGUUGCAAACUCUGAUGGCGAACUUGGCCCGGUUUUAUGUUUUGGUGUUUGUGGGCAAGUCAGCCAAGGCAAAGGAGCUGUUCAUGACGAUGAAGAUGGAUAUCCAGAAGAAUCAUCGCCUCUCACCCAGCAAGGCCCCCAUAACGGAAGCAAAGACAAAUGGUGUUCACUUGAAUGGAGAGUGGUCUCUAGCCGAAGAGUGGCCUGUGGACUUUGUGACCAUUCUGCCAGAGAAAGUCGGUAAUGCUUGGUUUGAGCUUGGGACGGAUCCGUUGGGCAGGGUAUAUUACGAUGGCGACGGCAGCGCAAAUAAGAGGUAUGGCGUAGAUGCCGAGACAGGAGCUGCCUUUGUGCUUAGACCGGAUGGAUGGAUUGGAGCGAGAUUCGAGCUUGGGUCGGAGGGCGUUGUUGAUGGUAUAGAGUCUUACCUUGGAAGGCUGCUUCGCUAGACACUGCAAUAGAAGAUAUUUG